UGGCAUCCAGCAGCUGGAGGGUCUGUCAGCCAUGGAGGUGGAAGUCAGGUGCAGCUGCAGCAGCCGCCGCCACAGAAACAGCCCAGCAUGCCCAGCAUGCAAAACCUCAAGUUCAACCGCAGAAGAGGAAGCCCAAAACUGGAAUAUUAAUGCUAAACAUGGGAGGCCCCGAAACCCUCGGAGAUGUUCACGACUUCCUUCUGAGACUCUUCUUGGACCGAGACCUCAUGACGCUUCCUAUUCAGAAAAAACAUUUCUCAGGUUGCUAAGGUGGAAUAAAAUCCACUUACCUGUGUGUUAAAUGAUUUAGUAAGCUGGCACCAUUCAUCGCCAAACGUCGAACCCCCAAGAUUCAAGAGCAGUACCGCAGGAUUGGAGGCGGGUCCCCCAUCAAGAUAUGGACUUCCAAGCAGGGAGAGGGCAUGGUGAAGCUGCUGGAUGAAUUGUCCCCCAACACAGCCCCUCACAAAUACUAUAUUGGAUUUCGGUACGUCCAUCCUUUAACAGAAGAAGCAAUUGAGGAGAUGGAGAGAGAUGGCCUAGAAAGGGCUAUUGCUUUCACACAGUAUCCACAGUACAGCUGCUCCACCACAGGCAGCAGCUUAAAUGCCAUUUACAGGUACUAUAAUCAAGUGGGACGGAAGCCCACGAUGAAGUGGAGCACUAUUGACAGGUGGCCCACACAUCACCUCCUCAUCCAGUGCUUUGCAGAUCAUAUUCUAAAGGAACUGGACCAUUUUCCACUUGAGAAGAGAAGCGAGGUGGUCAUUCUGUUUUCUGCUCACUCACUGCCGAUGUCUGUGGUCAACAGAGGCGACCCAUAUCCUCAGGAGGUAAGCGCCACUGUCCAAAAUGUCAUGGAAAGGCUGGGGUACUGCAACCCCUACCGACUGGUGUGGCAAUCCAAGGUUGGUCCAAUGCCCUGGUUGGGUCCUCAAACAGACGAAUCUAUCAAAGGGCUUUGUGAGAGGGGGAGGAAGAAUAUCCUCUUGGUUCCGAUAGCGUUUACCAGUGACCAUAUUGAAACGCUGUAUGAGCUGGACAUCGAGUACUCUCAAGUUUUAGCCAAGGAGUGUGGAGUUGAAAACAUCAGAAGAGCUGAGUCUCUUAAUGGAAAUCCAUUGUUCUCUAAGGCCCUGGCCGACUUGGUGCAUUCGCACAUCCAGUCAAACGAGCUGUGUUCCAAGCAGCUGACCCUGAGCUGUCCGCUCUGUGUCAAUCCUGUCUGCAGGGAGACUAAAUCCUUCUUCACCAGCCAGCAGCUGUGACCCCCGCUGGUGGAUCCUGUGGCAUUAGGCAAAUGCCCAACCUCCAGAUACCUCCGAUGUGGAGAGGAUGUUAUUAGAGAUCAAGGAAGGAAGUCAUCCUUCCUUGAUAUAUAUACAGCCUUUGGGUACAAAUUGUGUGAUUUCUUGAGGACUGGACUCUAUUGAUGGAUUUCUAUUUUUGUAUAACUAUACAGUAAGCAUUUGUAUUUUCUCUCUCUAGGUAUGUUACUAGUUUGGAAUGUCCACUAGGACCUUUAAUAAAUGAGUUAAAAAUGUAUCUUAUUAGACACACCUAUUUUAAAUACAGAUUUUGGCUUUAUUGCCCAAAAGCCUCCUGAAAGGGUACAGAGAGUCCCCUCUGUGGGCUGGCAGUGUGAAUGAGAUCUGUUUAGUCUUGUGCAUAUAGUUGCUGUUUUUUAAAUGAACAUAGUUGAAUAUUUGAAGUGAAUUUGAAAAAGAAAUGUUACUUAGUCUUUCCCUAAGCCCGUGGGUUACAGAGUGCUAUGGAGGCAAUUUGGUCACCUGCAAUGGCUACUGUUGCCAGCGAGGCUACCAUUCUUUGGUCAUCUUGGUAUUUGUGUAUUAAUCUCACUUUCCUCAGUGUAAAAAGGAAUCAAGUACAGAUUUCAGAAGUGCUCUGAGAUUCCCCAUACACCCGAGGCUAAUAAACGUGUGCCAGUACAGUGUUCAUGAUACGUGCCUUGGUGGGAGUCUGUGGUGCCACAGGGAAGGGGCUCCCACUGCUUCUGGUCUCCGAGGACAGUGCUGCUGGAAAGGCUAACGAUGAGCUUCACCCUGGAGCUCCUCCCGGGACCUUGCAAGCCUUUCCAUCCAGCAUCUUCUCUUAGUUGAAUGCCUUCUUUCUACACAUUUGUUUUCAGAAUUAUUUUAUAAGGUCAACAAUACUUCACUUGAAUUCUUUCUUAAUUUACAAUUUUUUAUUAUAAAAAUUUAUAGCCAUACAAUGGGACACGUGAAGAAUACAGAAAAGUAACCACUUUAAUGAAAUAACUAUUAUCAUAGUAUUGUAUUUCAUGCUAGUCCUUUCCUGUAGAUAUUUUUAAUGCCAUUGUCACCUUGGAUUUGUGAGUGAAAAGUGUUUCAAAAGUAUAGAAAAAAUAUCAGAUCAGAAUCUGAUCUAUAUUUGUAUUUAAAUGGAUUAAAAGAUCCCUGGUGGUUCCCUGAAGAAUUUGUAAAGAUCACUUUCUCUUUCCUCCAAACCCUGAAACUUUGUUCUUCAAAAGAGCAUUUUUUUUUAAAGCCAGUUUAUAAACUGGAAGUAUUAGGAGAUUCAUAAAUCUUCUAUAUUGAGAAUUGGCUGUGUUAAUAAAUAUUACAACAUCA